AAACACACCAGUAGAUCAUUGAACACGAUUCACAACGAACAGUUUUCUGCGCAUACAUAACAAAUUCAGUUUCACCACAUGCAUUAAAUUCGGAAUUGUCGUAAAAAAACUACUCAUUUUCGGGCAGACAUUAGUCGAACCACCUUAUUUAGACUCAGACUUUGGCCAGGCUUGAUGCAGAUCGAGAUGUGUAUAUUUAGUCUCGUUUCGCGGAUCCUUUUCUUCGUGUACGGCACCUUGGGGCCAGCAUGGCACACCUACAAGACGCUCAACAGCGGGGACGACGAGUUCCUGGGCUGGGUCAAGUACUGGAUAGUCUACGCCUUCCUGGUCACCUUUGAGGUGCUGGCGGACGCCUUCCUCUCGUGGAUGCCGCUCUACAUGCCCACCAAGUUCCUGCUGGUUCUGUGGAUCGUCCUGUCCGCCCCGGGGGCCAAUGUCUGGAUCUUCGACGCCAUCCUCCGCCCCGUGUUGGCCAAGCGGCAGGAGCAGAUCGAUCACUUCCUGCACCGUGGCAAGGACAAGCUCCUGAGUGACGUCUUCGCCGGGAUGUCGCAGAUGGUGGUGCGCAGCCGCACAGUUGCGAUGCCGUUCGUGUCCCAUCUGUUGACUAGGUCGACCACCUCGCUCCCGCCCCCAAAGGAUUCUGGCGUUGCAGCGGACCUACCAGGAGGGGUGGCAGCUCGGGUUUCGGAAGACUCGGAUUCGGCUUCCGCUUCGAUUGGCAAUUUCGCUCAAACCCGGUCCAGCUACUCCAGUCCCGCCGGCAGCUCGAUAAUCCUCAACGAUGACGAAGAGAUUCAUGUGGAGGCUUCGAAGGCCACCACCCAUUUGCACGCACACCCAUCCCUGAGCGAGCUGGCCAGGAAGAACAACAUAAUGAGCCUAGAGCCCUCCGACAUUCUUAGUCGCCGGAUUCAACGCAAGCCCAAAAUGACCAAGACGUCCGCCGAUGAGUCUGCCACGAUCUCAAAAACCAAGCAGCCCGCUCAGAAGGAGGAGCUCCAUGACGAUGUUGAGGAUCUGCUGGCCAAGUCACAGAUCGAGACUGCCGGCCAGGAUGUCCGUCAACAGCGUCAGUCCGUCAACCGCCGUCGGUUGACCCUCGCUAAUUCGUAGUGCGCACUUCUGGCGUACGAACAGAUAGUAAAUGUUAUCAAGAUUUGUUAAAAAAAUGAGGGUUUAAUUACUAAGUUGCUAGCAAAUAUAAAUUUAAAUUGUA